AUGGUAGGGCGGUUAGCCCAGCUGGCAGCACUACUCAUCGUGCUGACCCUGCAAUGUCUGCGCACAGGAGCGAUAGAGGUUUACAUCACCGUACGGCCAAACAAAAUAAAAUGCUUAAAGGAGCGAAUUAACAAAGAUACCCUAGUAGUUGGAAAAUUCAAAACAAACAACAAAAAUUCACCCAUUUCUAUAUUUAUUUACGAUACAGACAUAAAUGAAAGAACAUUUAAUUUUAAAAAAAAAUUGCCAAUUUUUGAAACGAUUAAUGAUCAUGAUAUUAAGACAGCUUUUACCACAUUCUACUCUACGUCGUAUUCCUUCUGUGCAUAUAAUAGUACGAAUAAAGUUUUGGAAGUGUUUUUCGAAAUAAAGCAUGGGACAGAGGCAAGGGACUAUACACAGAUAGCGAAAUCGGAACACCUGAAUGAAGCCACCAUAUAUUUAAAGCAAAUCGUUGAUCAGAUGAAUAAUUUCCACUUAAAUUUGAAACGGAUUAAAGCAUCUGAAGAGAAUGAAAAAAAAUCGAGUGAUAAGUUGAAUGAUACCCUGAUGUGGUUCUCCCUCAUGAAUAUUUUUAUUAUUAUCGUUGCUGCCAUUAUUCAGGAUUUCUACUUCAAGCGCUUUUUCACAUCCAAGAAGAUUAUCUGA